GCUGUGCUGUUUGUCUCCACCCAUCAUACUCAGUAUAUCAUAUCAUGUCUAAACUGAGCGUCAUCUUGUCAGCGCGUUUCCAGCCGGGGAGGAGAACACUUUGGCACUGCUUUGAGUGUAAGAGUCUGCUGUGAUGGGGGAGAGAGGGCUGCUCAUCCUUCUGCUUGCAGGGUUUUGUGUGCCCGCAUCCAACCAGAUCAUUAAACACGUGUUUGUGAAUACUCUGAAGAGCUGGUCUGAAGCUCAGAGCUACUGUAGUGAGAAUCACACAGAGCUGGCCACUGUGCACAGCCAGGAAGAAGCACAGCAGCUCUUAGAUAUUGCAGGAGCUUCUCUGAGUGAUUCUGCCUGGAUAGGGCUGUAUCGUGAUGGCACACAGAACUGGCAGUGGUCUAACAGCGAUGAUGUCAUCUACUCUAACUGGAGGGCAGACCUCUUCUGUGCUUCAGUCAAUUCAGAGGGAAAGUGGAUUGAUUUACCCUGCCACCUUCAGAACGCUUUCAUGUGCUACCAAGAGACCAGCAACAUCACUGAGAGAUACACCCUGAUUGAAGUUCUGAAAACCUGGACUGAAGCUCAGCAGUACUGUAGAGAACACCACACUGACCUCGUCAGUAUAAAGGACGCCAGUGAAAAUGAAGACCUAGUGAAGAAAGCGCAGGGCACGCCCUUCUGGAUAGGCCUGUUCAAUGAGCCCUGGAAGUGGUCACACCAGGGGGAUAACUACACAUUUCACUACUGGAACACUGGGGAACCAAACAAUUUGGGAGGCAAUCAGAAAUGUGUGAGGAUGUACAAGAGUGGCACAUGGGAUGACAAAGACUGCAACUCUCAGUACCCCUUCUUCUGCUGUGUGGGCGGCUCCUCUGGUCAGUGUUUGUAUGAAGGAACUAAGAAGACAUGGCAGGAUGCUCAGAGCUACUGCAGAAACCAAGGCAAAGACCUGCCCACCAUACAAGACCAGGACGGGGUUAAUACGCUUAUGGGUCUUAUACCUACAACUAAAGAGAAUAAUUUCUGGAUCGGGCUGUACCAUGACAAAGAUAACUGGCAGUGGUCCAAUGGAGAUGACGUCAUCUACUCCAACUGGAGAGCAGACCUCUUCUAUGCUUCAGUCAAUUCUGAUGGAGAGUGGGAGGAUUCAGUCUGCAGCGAGAAGAAAGCUUUCAUGUGCUACAGUGAGACCAGCACCAUCACUGAGAGAUACACCCUCAUUCAAGAACUGAAAACCUGGACUGAAGCUCAGCAGUACUGUAGAGAAAACCACGCCGACCUCGUCAGUAUAAAGAACGCCAGUGAAAAUGAAGACCUAGUGAAGAAAGCGCAGGGCACGCCCUUCUGGAUAGGCCUGUUCAAUGAGCCCUGGAAGUGGUCACACCAGGGGGAUAACUACACAUUUCACUACUGGAACACUGGGCAACCAGACAAUGCGGGAGGCAAUCAGAAAUGUGUGAGGAUGUACAAGAGUGGCACAUGGGAUGACAAAGACUGCAACUCUCAGUACCCCUUCUUCUGCUAUGAUGAUGCAACCCCCUCAGACCCUCCUUCAACAACGCUCUCUGAAGAUGCAGAACCCUCGAGCCCCCCUUCCACUCCGGUCUCUCAAGGCACUCCAGUCCCUGAGGGUCUCCACCUGAUCUCUGACAGUAUGGUCUGGCCGGAGGCUUGGCAGUACUGCAAGGAUCACUACACUGACCUAGUGAGCCUCACAAGCCUGGCUGCACAGAACAGAGUGUCGGAGCUCGUCAGGAACAGCACUGCGUCGCGAUUCUGGGUCGGCCUGCACAGAACCGUUGUGUAUAAUAACUGGUACUGGGUUGCUGGUAAGGAUAAGAAGGGGCUCCUAAACUACACUAACUGGGCCCCUGGGGAGCCCAACAAUCCUUACUAUGAGCACUGUGGGGAGAUGGUGCUGAGGGAGGAUGGGGGGGCUGAGUGGAAUGAUCUGUGCUGUUAUGAAAAGCUCUCCUUUAUCUGUUUCAAAGAUUAACAACACCCCUAAAAGGGUGUACAGCAGUGGUUCUAAAUCUGUAGUCGGGACCCCUUUUAAGGUCACUUUAGUCUGAAAAAAACCUAUUUACUAAUAAAUUAUAGAAAUAUCUAAAUCUGAAUGAUAUUGUGUAAGCAAUGUGUGAGUAAUAAAGGAAAUCGAAGUCUUGUAUGUGACAGAGUUUGCAAUGCCAUGUCUGCUCUCUAUAAAGAGCUGCUGCAAUGCACUGCAGCCAUUGCGGAUGGUAGGUCUGCUUGUGAUGUGGUCGCUUGAAACCUUCCUGUGAACCCCCAGGGGUCCCAACCCCCAGUCUGAGAACCACUGUCUCCACAGAACCCAGAGCUUUACUAUAGGAGUAAUACAUCAAAAUACUAUAGAAGAUAAUGCUAUGUAGCAAUCUUUAAUGAUAUACAUUAUUCUGAUAUUUCAUUGUUCUUGUUUAAUAUCCUAUUGUGUGUGUGUUCUGUGUGAUUCUCUGUUGUUUCAACUAAGAGCAUCAUCUGCCGUGCUUACUAACUAUUCCAGUAAAAUGCCUCCUGAAAAGACUCCUCAAGGCUGAUUGUAAUGAAGUGAGGUGGGGAAGCAUAAUAGUGUUGCACAGUCUUCAGUGCUUCUCCUAAAGGCCUCAGUACACAGUGCAACGCUAACAUGCUUCCCCACCUCACUUCCUCACAGUCAGCCUUGAGGAGUCUUUUCAGAAGCUGCUUCACUUGUUUUUUUAGUUCAGGAUCCUCAGCUGUUUAAAAUGCAGCGUGUAGAUAAACAGCUGCAUCCUGGUACCUUUGCUGUAGGUCACUUGGUCUGAUUGAGGACGCAGCAGCAGCUUGGUUUAAAUCAUUAGUAUCUAUAACGUUGACUAUGAAAUAUCUACUUUCCAAAUUGAAGUAUAAAACACAAGCAAAACAAAGGGGCCAGUGAUAAUAUUGCAGGGGUUACAACAACAACAUCAUUUCAUUUUAUAUAGUGCCUUUCAUAACAAGUAUCCCAGGGCACUUCACAGAGGAAAAAAAAGAGAGUUAUACAAAAGCCAAAUCAAAUAAGAACGCCUUAAGACGAGUUUUAAAAAUCACUGAAGUGUCUGAAUUUCUUAUAAUAUUUGGGAGGGAAUUCCAAAGUUUGGGAGCACAGACACUGAAAGCCCUGUCCCCUUGAGUGCGCAGCCGAGAUUUCGGAACAACCAACAAACCAACCCUGAAGAACGUAGAUUUCAGGAGGAGACGUAGGAGACAAUCAAGUCAACAGCGUAUGCAGGUGCCAUGCCAUGUAAGGCUUUAUAAGUUAAAAGAGCAAUUUUAAAAUCUAUUCUAAACUUUUAGUAAGCUUUAAGAAAAUGGAUUUUAACCCUUGCUUAGCAGUCCUUUAAUACAGAAUACAUUGAUAAGAGGAGAAGCACAGCGGGGGGGAAUGGGUUAACUUGCCAUGUUUAUUAUUCCUACUUUUUAAGCUUUUUUUCUUUUAAAAAUAAAAAUGUUUUAAAUAUUUAAGUAGUUUUUAUGUAUUUAAGAAAGUGUGUCUGUAGUCGGGCCUGUGUGAUGUCAUCAGCACUAGUAUCACAAACACUCCACUUGGAAAAGAAAAGAAACUCUUUUCUGUCCCUUGUUUGCACUCCUGUGUUGCUUCCCUGAGCUGCAGCAGAGCGGUCGUUCAUACCCCCCUGCUGCUGCAGGUAGUCUCAGCAGCGUGCCUGUUUAGUGCACACUAGAGUGACACAAAGAGAGACCAGAAAGCUUCAAGGAGGGAGGACGCUUGUGUGCCUGCAGACUAAACUACCUGCCUCUGGGGAAUGCAAACAAACUGGACAGCCAACAGGGCCUGGUUUCUGAUGAAGCAGAUUGCAGCUCAUGCUAAUCUGAUGAGGAAUGUAGUAAAGAGACACACUGUAAUUCUAUUUUAAUAUGAUGCUACAUCUUUCAAUAUAUUGAAUAAGUCCUGCCUCACUCUUUAUAUUCUACAUUUCUGAGUGUAUCUGCCAUUAUAAAAUGAAUAAAGAGUUGAACUUCAGUUUGAA